AUGGGUAUGAUCCGCCUCUCUGCUCGCUCUGCUCGGAGACUCGCGCCCUCUACUCCCCUUCGCACAGCUACCCGGGCUACUGCUCGGGCCGGCGUGACUGCGGGCAUGCGGGGUAUUCGCACCGCGGCUCCGUUCCCGACCACCACCGCCCGAGUCGGGGUGCCCAAGUAUGCUAGGGGAGUUAGUCAUCAGCCCAAGACGAGUGCUGAGAAUCCUCUCGGCCUCAACGACCCCUCUCUCUUCAAGCAGCAAGCCUGGGUGGAUGGGAAAUGGGUCGACGCGUCCUCAGGCAAGACCUUCGAAGUGACCGACCCGGCGACUGGCAAAGUCCUAGGAACGGCUCCGGAUAUGGACAAGGACGAUGUCAGUCGCGCGGUAGACGUGGCGGAGAAGGCAUUCAAGUCGUUCCGGCACACGACGCCCGGUGACAGGCAAAAAAUGCUGCUGCGCCUGCACAAAGAAUUCAUCGAUAACGCAGAGGACAUUGCGCGCUUGAUUGUGUGGGAAAAUGGAAAGAGCUGGAGCGACGCGUAUGGCGAGGCCCUGUAUGCUGCUAGCUACGUGCAGUGGUUUGCGGGCGAGGCUGUGCGCACAUAUGGCGAUGUCGUCCCCUCUGCUAUUGCCGGGCAGCGGAAUAUUGUCAUCAAGCAGCCGAUUGGCGUGUGCGCUUUGCUUGUGCCGUGGAACUUCCCUGCUGGUAUGCCCGCUCGCAAGCUCGCACCCGUCAUCGCGACCGGCUGCACCUGCGUCGUCAAGGUCCCCGCCGAAACGCCCUACACCAACUUUGCGAUCGCAGAGCUGAUCCGCCGUGCGGGCGUGCCCGACGGCGUCGUGAACAUUGUCUCGACGCACGAGAACCUGACCGAGGUCGGCAAGGAGCUCACCGAGAACCCAAAGGUGCGCAAGGUAUCCUUCACGGGCAGCACGCGUGUGGGCAAGAUGCUCGCUGCGCAGUCGGCCUCGACCCUGAAAAAGCUCUCUCUCGAGCUCGGCGGCAAUGCGCCGUGCAUCAUCUUUGACGACGCCGACAUCCCCACCGCCGUGGCCGGCACGAUCGCGACCAAGUUCCGCGGCUCGGGACAGACCUGCGUCUGCGCUAACCGCAUCUACGUCCAUGAGAGCAUCUAUGACGAGUUUGCGGACAAGCUCGCCGCCAAAGUGAAGGAGUUCAAGGUCGGAAACGGCUUCGACGACGGCGUCACCCACGGCCCGCUCAUCACGGAGAAGGCCGCUGAGAAGGUCCAGUCCCACCUUGACGAUGCGCUCAAGCGUGGCGCUAAGGUCCUCGCUGGAGGAAAGCGGGAGGGCAACAUGUUUGAGCCGACUGUGCUCCGCGACGUCCCCGAGGACUGCCUCAUCGCCCACGACGAGACAUUCGGGCCCAUCGCCGCUUUGAUCCCGUUCAAGGAUGAGCAGCACGUGGUCGACCUCGCGAAUGACACCAGAGUUGGUCUCGCGGGCUACUUCUUCUCCAAGGAUUCUGACCGAAUUUGGCGCGUCGCCGAAGCUCUCGAGGUCGGAAUGGUCGGAGCGAACACUGGAGCGAUCUCUCAAGCACAAAUCCCGUUCGGUGGGGUGCUCGAAUCUGGCUCUUCGAAGGAAGGAGGAUACCAAGGCACGGAGGAGUAUCUUAACACGAAGAAGUCGACUGCGGAGGUGGCGGAUUUGGUUCCGUACCUGUCACGUGAUGGGGCCCCUGAGUGGCCAACCUCCACCUCCACCUCCACCUUCACAGUCAGUCGAGCAGCGCAGCAGAUCAAGGAAGACAGCAAUAUGCAUUGGAUCUAUCACACUCUAGAUCAUCUGAAUCCACUGGGCGACUCGACCACUGACGAAGGUAGACAGGAAGUUGUCGCCGGAAACUGA